UCCAUAUGUAAGCAGAUGUGAGAAGGGUCAAGCGUUAAUGGGGUUGUUUGUACGGAUAGCAAUUUUACAUAAAAAAUAAAUGUAUCUUUGACGAUGGCUAUGGCAUUACAAAGUGAUCACGAGAUUAAGCGGCUUCUCGCGACUCCGGUAAAAAAUGUUGGGAAACAAAGUUUUAUGGCACCGCCACUCACGACCAACGUACCAAGACCGAACACCUCACAGGUAAAUCCACAAAUAGGGAUGAUACCAAUGGUACCAGUCAGCGGUGGUACCAAGGAACACGACGAACCUAUUUUACAAAAUGUUGUGUCGACGGUGAAUUUGAGUACAGAAUUGAAUCUAACUUAUAUUAAUGUGAGGACGAGAAAUUCAGAGUACAAUCCUGCUAGAUUUACUGGUUUAGUGAUGAGGAUACGAAAUCCUAAAGCAACUGCUCUGAUUUUUCGUUCAGGUAAAUUAGUAUGUACUGGAGCAAGAUGUGAAGAAGAUUCAUUUCUAGCAUCCAAGAAAUUUGCAAGAAUCAUUCAGAAACUUAAUUUUCCAGUCAAGUUUAAAGACUUCAAAAUUCAAAAUAUUGUGGCUACUGCUGACUUUAAGUUUCCAAUCAAAUUAGAAGAUAUGUGUCAAGGACAUCAUCAAUUCGCUAGUUAUGAACCUGAGUUGUAUCCAGGUUUAAUAUACAGAAUGGUACUCCCAAGAGUAGUAUUACUAGUUUUUGUGAAUGGAAAAGUUGUACUGACAGGUGCAAAGAAUCGACAAGACCUAAAAGACGCAAUGCGUGUGAUAUAUCCAGUUAUUAAAAGCUAUAGAAAGCAGUAACUCUUUCAACAUUUAAACUACAAUGCUAUAAGUUUUAAUAAUUAAUUUAUUUGUAUUUAU